GAGAAAGACAGUCGAGCUUGGACCAAGAAACGCGGCGGACGAUCGCGCCGCUCUGGCAGAGGCACUAUCCACGUGACAACUGCCAAAAUUUUGACAGUCGGGAUUUCUCGUUCGUUUCCACCUUCAUCUCCACGAACGGCGAUUCCCCAUUCGUCGAGAAGUCAAUUAUUAUUUUUUUCUCGAAUUAAUCUCAACCGGAUGUUGCAUUGAUAUCGCGCGUAAAGCGACACGCCUGAUGGAAGUGAUAUUAAUGGACACGUCGAACGGUGAAGCGAAUUGAAACAAAUAAAAAAGAGAAAAAAAAGAGGGAUACCUCUGUAUACCCUUACGCCGUGUAUGUUUAUAUAAAUACAUAUAUUUCGCCAUAUAUAUGUGCUCAUCCCCCCGAGCGAGAGGGAUAUUGACGGCGAGGGGCGAGGAGAGCGGGGCUCGAAUUUUUAUUUCGGGAUCGAUUUUCAGAGUGCAGAUGCCUGGACUAUGACGUCAAAUGCAAUCAGAGGGAUUCGCAGGAAGAAGAGCUCCUUGUGCGAGGUGAAGGUGGCGGUGAUCGGCGCCCCAGGAGUCGGCAAAAGCGCCCUGACCGUGAGGUUCCUGACGAGGCGAUACAUCGGAGAGUACGACCACCAAUCGGAGAACCGGUACAAGCACGAGGUGUUGGUGGACGGGGAGCCGGUGCUCUUUGAAAUCCUAGACUCUUGUCCUAAGAGCGAGGACGAGUUGCCCACCACGGAGACGUUGCAAUGGGCCGACGGGUUGUUGCUGGUGUAUUCCAUCACGGACAGGGGUUCCUUCAACUUCGUCAGAAAGGCAAAACAGGCCUUGGCAGUGGCUGAUCCCGAAGCGGCGAUGCCUUUGGCCCUCGUCGGCAAUAAGGCCGACAUGGUUCAUCUGAGGCAGGUCAGUGCCGAGGAAGGGGAGAUCCUGGCCAAAGACUUCGAGUGCUGGUUCAGCGAAGUCACGGCUGCCGAACAGGUCGCUCAAGUAGCAGAGUCCUUCCACGAGCUCUGUCGAGAAGUUUUGGCCGCCAGGAGAAGGAACAAACAAUCUUUGCUCGACAGGAUGCUGGGAAGCAAAGCUACGAGAGCGUACUCUAGGGGAAAAAGCGAUUCUGCUUUGCCAAAGGACUAGCACCGGUAGAGCCACUAGGGAAAGUCAUGAAAGUCACGAAAGCUCUUCGCCUAUCACGUCCUAACAUCUCCCAGAUUAUGGGCGAGGACUUUAAAAGGAACUUGGAAACCACUUGCUGUAUAUAGCGAGCGCUCGGUUAAUUUUGUUAAAUUUAAUUACCAUAAGUGCCAAAGACUUGCUCUACCGAGUCUGUCGAAUGCCUCACUUUUUCCUAAACGUUUAUCAGAUUUUCUAAAUGGCGAUGCGGUAGCAGAUGUAAACACCCUUGUGUUGCAGACACGUGGCCAUGCACUUUUACAUUAUAU